GUAACGUUAGAUGGCGGGCCCUGUACAUAAGAGAGUGAAUUGGUGAUCUCAGCUGUGUGCAUUUUUUGACAACCAGCUAAGAGUGUUUUUACUUAUGGAUCUGUACAAGGAUUAAUGUUGUCUGAUAUCAGCUGAUUAUUUAUGCUAUUUGUGGGUGUUGUUUUGUUGUUAAACAAUUUUCAUCUUUGUGAGCUAUUGUGUAUUUGCUUUAUCAAAUAAGUAAAAUGGAUAAAACCACAGUCGAGUUUAUAUAUAAAUAUAAAAAUUAUGAGGGAAAGGACAGUGCAGCGAGCAUUGAGAUCGAGCUGCCUUUCGAGGGUGAGCAGGCAUCUUUGGACGAGUUAGUUACACGGAUAUUAAGUGGCAUGGAUCCAAUGCAACGAUACUUGGACGAGAAUAUACCACUGAAGUUGGCCCUGCGUGAGUUUAUACAAGUGGAGAAUCAAAAAUUUCUGGACAAAUUCGCAGAAGGACUAUUGGAACAAGCACACAAUAAUGAGCUCGAUUUAGAAGCGGUUAUAAGAAAAACUGAGCGGCAUUAUAAAGACGAGAUAAUACAAUUUGCUGAUCGCAUUGGUCCAAGCGAUGAGGAUAUAUUUGCACAGAGUUUUCAUCGGCUGGUACAUUCGUCUUCACUAGAAGAUAUACUAAAGCGUGAAAGAGCAUACGCGAAAGUUGUAUCGGAUAUAAACAAACAAAUGGAUCAGGAGGUAGAGACGUUGAACUCCACACAACAACAGGAGAUGGAUUUGAAAAUCAAACAAUUGGAUAUCACAACUACAUCCGAAGAUAUCAAUAAUCUGCUGGCGCAACAAUAUAGCACCCAAAAUUAUAUACGCCAACGUUACGAGUCGGAAUUACAAGCCAAGCGUGGGCAUCAGCGUAAUGAGUACCGUGAUUGGAUUACCAGCCAAGUAGGCAGAAUAUUUGAAGCCUCUCCGGUGGCUACACCCUUGGGAAAUCGAUCAUCUAUGUUUAUAUCACAGCAACCUUCAAUGGAGGAAAGUUUUACAAUACACUUGGGAUCUCAACUUAAACAUAUGCACAACAUACGUAUAUUAAGUGCGGAUGUUACAGAUCUCUGCAGUCCUCUGCAUGUGGACGAGAGUUUAAAUGGACUAAAUAUGGCGUUGGGCCUGUAUUCAAGUUCCUUAUGUGGUGUAGUUGUACUAACGCCGUCUAUACAAGCACAGGCUAAUAAGAGUAUUAUAAAGAAUGCCAACAUGUCAACCGAGUUUCACUUUGAGCAGAUAGGGGAUCAAUUGGAGAAAAUUGAAAAACACAUCUGCACACUCAACAUUAAUGACUCCAAUACUCCAAGUAUUCACAGCAGUAACAGCACAGGCAAUGGCAGUAGCAAUGCUGAUAUAUUAUUGCCUAAAAAUCCUAUCGGCGGUAGUGGCAGUGGCAGCGCUGGUGGUUCACCUACUAGAAUGCCAACUGCGAAACUAAAGACUGGCGACUUUUUUAUUACCAAACACUCGAAUCUUUCGCAAUCCCAUGUUAUUUUUCAUUUAAUAUCAGAUGAACCUAUUAAUAGUCCGAGUGAGAUUAACUCUCGUCAUCCGGUUAUACUAGGAUUGCGUAACAUUUUAAAGACAGCCAGCCGGCAUGAUGUUACUACACUCACAAUACCGGCGUUGAUGCGGCAUGAAAUGUCUGAGGAUAUGACGGUGCAAUGGUGUAUGCGACGUGCAGAGUUGGUUUUUAAAUGCGCCAAAGGAUUCAUGAUUGAAUCGGCAUCAUGGGGUGGUGCGGAAUUGAGCACUUUACAAUUGCUCCUACCACAUGAUAUCUCUGAAGAGCUGUUUACCACAUUAGCGGGCAUGGUACCAAAUGUAUUUCGGGUAGCCAACCCUAAAAUUCUUGUAGAUAGAAAUAAGUGAAACGAAAAAGCGUGAAGUUAAGGUGAUUUUUGUUCGUAAAUAAUAGUCGAACUAUAUUUUAUUGAUUAUUAUGCACGAUAUUCUUAUAUAUUCUAUAUUUGAAAUGAGACUCGAAACGCUAAACGCUGAAGUAACAUCCUUAAUUCAUUACGCUAAAAUUAAACUAUAACGAAAUGUAAGGCGUGUAUCGCAUAAAAUGAUAAUCGGGUGGUAGUGUGCUUGUAUUGCUAAACUACAUAAAAACAAAUGUUCCACUUUUUAUAUUAUUCGUAUAUUAAUCAUAAACAUGUUUGUAUUUACGCUUUAUUUAAUCAAACUCGAAAAAUUUGAAUGUACAGAGUUCUGUUUAUAUAAUUUUUGUAUUUAAUUUCAAAAUUGCUGUACUAACAAUUCAAAAACGUUGUACACUUUACACAUAGAAUUGUAAAAUUUCCUGUAUUUAUUACGCCACAAAUCCCACAAUGCAAUUAAAUUCUUAAUCCGAACUACUUAAAAGUUUGACUCGAUUUGAAAUCAGUUGUAUAAGAUGCAUUAUCCUUUGUAUUUAACGCAUUUAACUUUUUUAUAUCAUAUUUAACCUUUGUAAAUAGGCAUUAAAUAUACAAUGCAAUUCAACGCUUUCAAUACGUAA